GGCACUAGGGCCACCCUCCAGUUGCGGACCACCGUCUGACGGCCGAGGGUCGCUGCGCAGCUCGCGCGCGCCCGCUUGCUGUCCGUCCUGCAUCACUGUGUCCUCUGCCCUGCCUGUGCGUGACGUGCCCGUGACCUGCGCGUGACGUGCCCGUGACGGAGGACGCGCCGCGUCGAGUCUGUGCCCGCGUCGUCCGAGUGCCCGUUGGUGCCCCGUGGUCCGCGCGCGUGUGUUUGUGUGUGCGUGUGCGUGCGCGGUGGUGUCGAGCGCCGCGUGCCUCCAGGACCGCAGAGCAGGGCAGUGCGACGCAGGACGAGGACGUCGGCGUGCAGCAGGGUAGAGCCCUCCUAACAGCUCACGCGUGCACGGCCUUCCCCGCCAGCCCGCGCGCCAGCCCCUCCACCCCGCUGGCGGUCGUAAGACUUCUCAUCGAUCCGUGGCCAGGGCAGGGUCGUACAGGGUCGGGAGUCGGGCCGUGUGGGCCGCGCCUCUGAGGGAGACGGAGCGGCGCGGAGCGGCGGGGCCCCGCGAGUGAGAGAGAGAGGGCGCGAGCGGAGCGCCGCGGCGCCAUCUUGCUUUAGUGGCGCCACCCGCGCCCUGCACCUGGGCAUGACCCUGUAGAGCACCGCGAUGGGGACGGUGCUGAGCUUCAGCCCGCGCGAGAGGCGCCCGGGGGGCAUGGGGCCCUCCAACUCCUUUUCGUCGACGCCCGGCCUCGGCUCGGAGUACACGCUCAACAACUACAGCCUGGAGCAGCUCAACAACGUCAAGAACCAGCAGCAGCUACCCACGCCUCAGGUGCUGCCCCAGGUGCAGGUGCUGUCACCGUCACCUUCGGCGCCGCACCUGCAGGUCCCACCCGCCUCCUCGCACCACGCCGCCAACGUCCACCACCACAACAACAAUAACAACAAUAACAACAACAACAUAAACAAUGAGACGCGCAUCUUGUGCGAGAAGAACACCAACACCCUCGACAAGAAUCUCAAGAAGCAUUCGCUCUUUAUAAACGCUCUCAGCUGGAAGCGGUUUUCCACGACCAACAACAAUAAGAACAAGAACAACAACAAGAAUAAGAACCUGACGGCGUUCCGCCAGCCCAUCGUGGACAACAUCCACCAUCCGCUGGCGCACGGCGUGGUGGUGGACAAGAACAAGAACUUCCAAAAGACGGGCGUGACCUCGUACUACCCCGUGGUCAAGUCAGCCUCCACCAACACGGUGUCGAUGAGCGCGCUGGAAGUGGUGCACCACCCGGCCAGGACGCACAACCACAACCAGCAGAACGGCCUGAGCGAGAAGCUGGCCCCCAAGGCGAGCCUCCCGAUGGUCGCGCCCGGGCCUCAGCAGCAGCAGACGCAGCAGUCGCUACAGCAGCAGCAGCUCCAGGCACAGCAGCCCACCAAAGUGUCGCAUGGCGUGCAGACCAACCUGCCCAUCCCAAGGAAGACCGUGAUCCAGGCCUCCACAUCGGAGCUGCUCAAGUGCCUGGGCAUCUUCCUGCACUCCCGGUGCCGGCGCCUGCACGAGUUCCAGGCCGGCGACGCCGUCACGUGGCUGCGCUCCGUGGACCGCAGCCUGCUUCUUCAGGGAUGGCAGGAUAUCGCCUUCAUCAACCCCGCCAACGUCGUGUUCGUGUACAUGCUGGUGCGCGAGCUGGUGGACGAGGACGUGAGCUCGGAGCAGGACCUGCAGGCCGUGGUGCUGACGUGCCUGUACCUCUCGUACUCGUACAUGGGCAACGAGAUCUCGUACCCGCUCAAGCCUUUCCUCGUAGAGCAGAGCAAGGACGCCUUCUGGGACCGGUGCCUCGACAUCGUGUCCCGACUGUCCAGGGACAUGCUCCGCAUCAACGCAGAGCCGGGCUUCUUCACCGAGAUCUUCACCGAGCUCAAGAUGUGGGGUAUCAACAACGCGCUGGGCCUGCACCUCGUGCACACCCACCACACCGCCGGCCACCAGCCCGCACGGCCGCACCAGCCACCCAGCAGGCCCAAGACGUCGCCGACGAGACUCCCGAGCACUAAGCCGCCGGCGCCCCAGCCGCCCGGACAGUCGUCGGGGCAGACGCCGAGCCAACCCCCCGCCCAGCCCCAGCCCGUGGCCCGGGUCGAGCACAAGGAACCACAGCACACCGAGUCCAAGACUUCGAGGCCACCCUUGCCGCUGCCGCUGACUGAGGCGUGGGAGGACGCCUCACCCGACGAGAACCACAACCCCAAAACUGCCACCCUCGCGAACCUACGGGUCUGCGAGGACGACAACGGCAACCCUGCAGAACAAGCUCCAAGGGUGCCGGCGACGGACUCGGCACCGACACCCGAGAACGAGGACCCCGUCGCCCUGUCCGACAAGGAGAACGACAAUGUCGUCCUCGCCCGGGCCACGAACGCCGCUCCAGCACAAGUCAAGCCCGUCGCGGUGGGUGAGCUGAACGGCGAGGGCACGACAGCUGCUUGACCGGGCGAGGAGCCCCAGCCCCAGGUCAGGCCCCCCCAGGCCCAGCCUCUCAGGGGCCAUUCCACUCUGCUGGUCAAACUGGCGCUCGCCAAGUCCCGGCGCUGCCAGCAGUACGUGACGACCCUCUGAGGGUGGCCCGCUGGUGGCCCGCCCUGGGUGGGUCGGGCGGGGCACGCGGCGCGACGGGGCUGGAGGACUCAUGUGCCAAGCGCACGCUAGCCAGUGUGACGUGACCACGCCCUGUAUGCCCUCAUCUGUCUCGUGUUGUGAUGUGAAGUGAAUGUAGUUUGUGCUAUAUGCCCCCUAUCGAUUCUUUCAUCAACGAGAGGGAUCGUUUUCUGUUGUUAAUUCUCAUCGUGAUCGUAAUUUGAUAUUACCCGAGCAGUAAAGAUAUACGUAGUUAUUGUUUGUGCAAAAAUUUACCGCUUCUUUCCUUUAGGUUGCUCUAGACAGAGACCCGCGUAUGUAAACGUUACCAGACGCUGAUGUUAUUUUGAUAGGGUACUGUAUUCGAGGCCGAGGCACGUUGUUUCUGAU